AUGAGCCUGCUGUCGGCCAUCGACACGAGCGCCGCCUCGGUGUACCAGCCUGCCCAGCUGCUCAACUGGGUCUACCUGUCCCUGCAGGACACGCACCAGGCCAGCGCUUUCGACGCCUUCCGGCCCGAGCCGCCCGCCGGCACCGCGCCCCCGGAGCUGGCCUUCGGCAAGGGCCGCCCGGAGCAGCUGGGGUCGCCUCUGCACUCGAGCUAUCUCAACAACUUCUUCCAACUGCAGCGCGGAGAGGCACUGAACAGCGGUGUGUACAAGAGUGCCUCGCCCUACGGCUCCCUCAACAACAUCGCUGACGGCCUCAGCUCUCUCACCGAGCACUUCUCUGAUCUGACCCUCACCUCUGAGGCCCGCAAACCCAGCAAGCGGCCCCCACCCAACUACCUGUGCCACCUCUGCUUCAACAAAGGGCAUUACAUCAAGGACUGCCCACAGGCACGACCCAAAGGUGAAGGUCUAACUCCAUACCAGGGCAAAAAGCGCUGCUUCGGAGAAUACAAGUGUCCCAAGUGCAAAAGAAAAUGGAUGAGCGGAAACUCCUGGGCCAACAUGGGACAGGAGUGCAUCAAGUGCCACAUCAAUGUCUACCCACACAAGCAGAGACCCUUGGAGAAGCCCGAUGGCCUGGAUGUGUCUGACCAGAGCAAGGAGCACCCCCAGCACCUUUGUGAGAAGUGCAAAGUCCUGGGCUACUACUGCCGCCGUGUGCAAUGA